UGGAUGACCGCUGUGUGGUGGAGCCCGCGGCGGGGGACCUGGACAACCCCCCCAAGAAGUUCCGAGACUGCCUCUUCAAGGUGUGCCCCAUGAACCGCUACUCGGCCCAGAAGCAGUACUGGAAGGCCAAGCAGACCAAGCAGGACAAGGAGAAGAUCUCCGACGUGGUGCUGCUGCAGAAGCUGCAGCACGCGGCCCAGAUGGAGCAGAAGCAGAACGACACGGAGAACAAGAAGGUGCACGGGGACGUCGUCAAGUACGGCAGCGUGAUCCAGGUGAGCCGCCUCCUGCACAUGAAGAGCAACAAGUACCUGACGGUGAACAAGCGGCUGCCGGCCCUGCUGGAGAAGAACGCCAUGCGGGUGACGCUGGACGCCACGGGCAACGAGGGCUCCUGGCUCUUCAUCCAGCCCUUCUGGAAGCUGCGGAGCAACGGGGACAACGUGGUCGUGGGGGACAAGGUGAUCCUCAAUCCCGUCAACGCUGGGCAGCCCCUGCAUGCCAGCAAUUACGAGCUCAGCGACAAUGCCGGCUGCAAGGAGGUCAACUCUGUGAACUGCAACACCAGCUGGAAGAUCAACCUGUUCAUGCAGUUCCGCGACCACCUGGAUGAGGUGUUGAAAGGGGGGGACGUGGUGCGGUUGUUCCACGCGGAGCAGGAGAAGUUCCUGACGUGCGACGAGUACAAGGGCAAGCUGCAGGUGUUCCUGCGCACCACGCUGCGCCAGUCCGCCACCUCGGCCACCAGCUCCAACGCCCUCUGGGAGGUGGAGGUGGUCCACCACGACCCCUGCCGUGGAGGCGCCGGCCACUGGAACGGCCUGUACCGCUUCAAGCACCUGGCCACGGGCAACUACCUGGCUGCUGAGGAGAACCCCAGCUACAAGGGUGAUGCCUCUGACCCCAAGGCAGCAGGAGCGGGAGUGCAGGGCCGCCCAGGCCGUCGGAACGCUGGGGAGAAAAUCAAGUACCGCCUGGUGGCUGUGCCCCACGGCAACGACAUCGCCUCGCUCUUUGAGCUGGACCCCACCACGCUGCAGAAAACCGACUCCUUCGUGCCCCGGAACUCGUAUGUGCGGCUGCGGCACCUCUGCACCAACACGUGGAUCCAGAGCACCAACGUGCCCAUCGACGUGGAGGAGGAGCGGCCCAUCCGGCUCAUGCUGGGCACCUGCCCCACCAAGGAGGACAAGGAGGCCUUUGCCAUCGUGUCGGUUCCCGUGUCUGAGAUCCGAGACCUGGACUUUGCCAACGAUGCCAGCUCCAUGCUGGCCAGCGCCGUGGAGAAGCUGAACGAGGGCUUCAUCAGCCAGAACGACCGCAGGUUCGUCAUCCAGCUGCUGGAGGACCUGGUGUUCUUUGUCAGCGACGUCCCCAACAACGGGCAGAACGUCCUGGACAUCAUGGUCACCAAGCCCAACCGGGAGCGGCAGAAGCUGAUGCGGGAGCAGAACAUCCUCAAGCAGAUCUUUGGCAUUCUGAAGGCUCCCUUCCGCGACAAGGGUGGUGAGGGCCCCCUGGUGCGGCUGGAGGAGCUGUCGGACCAGAAGAACGCCCCCUACCAGCACAUGUUCCGCCUCUGCUACCGGGUGCUGCGGCACUCCCAGGAGGACUACCGCAAGAACCAGGAGCACAUCGCCAAGCAGUUUGGGAUGAUGCAGUCCCAGAUCGGCUACGACAUCCUGGCUGAGGACACCAUCACCGCCCUGCUGCACAACAACCGCAAGCUCCUGGAGAAGCACAUCACCAAGACCGAGGUGGAGACCUUCGUCAGCCUGGUGCGCAAGAACCGGGAGCCCAGGUUCCUGGACUACCUCUCCGACCUGUGUGUGUCCAACCACAUCGCCAUCCCCGUCACCCAGGAGCUCAUCUGCAAGUGUGUGCUGGACCCCAAGAACAGCGACAUCCUCAUCCAGACCGAGCUUCGGCCCGUGAAGGAGAUGGCCCAGGCCCACGAGUACCUGACCAUCGAGUACUCCGAGGAGGAAGUGUGGCUCACCUGGACCGACAAGAACAACGAACACCAUGAGAAGAGCGUGAGGCAGCUGGCCCAGGAGGCGCGGGCCGGCAAUGCCCACGACGAGAACGUGCUCAGCUACUACAGGUACCAGCUGAAGCUCUUUGCCCGCAUGUGCCUGGACCGGCAGUACCUGGCCAUCCACGAGAUCUCCCAGCAGCUGGGCGUCGACCUGAUCUUCCUGUGCAUGGCCGACGAGAUGCUGCCCUUUGACCUGCGCGCCUCCUUCUGCCACCUGAUGCUGCACGUGCACGUGGACCGCGACCCCCAGGAGCUGGUCACGCCUGUCAAGUUUGCCCGCCUCUGGACCGAGAUCCCCACCGCCAUCACCAUCAAGGACUAUGACUCCAACCUCAACGCCGCCCGAGAUGACAAGAAGAACAAGUUCGCCAGCACCAUGGAGUUCGUGGAGGACUACCUCAACAACGUGGUCGGCGAGGCCGUGCCCUUCGCCAACGAGGACAAGAACAAGCUCACCUUCGAGGUGGUCAGCCUGGCGCACAAUCUCAUCUACUUCGGCUUCUACAGCUUCAGCGAGCUGCUGCGGCUCACACGCACGCUGCUCAGCAUCAUCGACUGCGUGCAGGGCCCGCCCGCCAUGCUGCAGGCCUACGAGGACUCGGGUGGCAAGAACGUGCGGCGGUCCAUCCAGGGUGUGGGCCACAUGAUGUCCACCAUGGUGCUGAACCGCAAGCAGUCCGUCUUUGGAGCCCCCAGCCUGCCUGCCGAGGCCGGGGCCGCGGAGCCGCUGGACAGAAGCAAGUUCGAGGAGAAUGAGGACAUCGUGGUGAUGGAGACCAAGCUGAAGAUCCUGGAGAUCCUGCAGUUCAUCCUCAACGUCCGCCUGGAUUACCGCAUCUCCUACCUGCUGUCCGUCUUCAAGAAGGAGUUUGUGGAGGUGUUUCCCAUGCAGGACAGCGGUGCUGACGGCACAGCCCCCGCCUUCGACUCCACCACUGCCAACAUGAACCUGGAUCGCAUCGGGGAGCAGGCGGAGGCCAUGUUUGGAGUGGGGAAGACGAGCAGCAUGCUGGAGGUGGACGACGAGGGCGGCCGCACCUUCCUGCGCGUGCUCAUCCACCUCACCAUGCACGACUACCCGCCGCUCGUCUCGGGGGCCCUGCAGCUGCUCUUCAAGCACUUCAGCCAGCGCCAGGAGGCCAUGCACACCUUCAAGCAGGUGCAGCUGCUGAUCUCCGCCCAGGACGUGGAGAACUACAAGGUCAUUAAGGCGGAGCUGGACCGGCUGCGGACCAUGGUGGAGAAGUCGGAGCUGUGGGUGGACAAGAAGGGCAGCGGCAAAGGCGAGGAGGUGGAGGCGGGCACCGCCAAAGACAAGAAGGAGCGGCCCACGGACGAGGAAGGCUUCCUGCCGCCGCCGGGGGAGAAGAGCAGUGAGAACUACCAGAUCCUGGAGCGGCUGAACAAGAUGUGCGGCGUCGGGGAGCAGAUGAGGAAGAAGCAGCAGCGGCUGCUCAAGAACAUGGAUGCCCACAAGGUCAUGCUGGACCUGCUGCAGAUCCCCUACGACAAGGGCGAUGCCAAGAUGAUGGAGAUCCUGCGCUACACACACCAGUUCCUGCAGAAGUUCUGUGCGGGGAACCCCGGCAACCAGGCCCUGCUGCACAAGCACCUGCACCUCUUCCUCACGCCCGGGCUCCUGGAGGCCGAGACCAUGCAGCACAUCUUCCUGAACAACUACCAGCUGUGCUCGGAGGUCAGCGAGCCGGUGCUGCAGCACUUCGUGCACCUGCUGGCCACCCACGGGCGCCACGUGCAGUACCUGGACUUCCUGCACACCGUCAUCAAGGCCGAGGGCAAGUACGUCAAGAAGUGCCAGGACAUGAUCAUGACUGAGCUGACCAACGCAGGAGAUGACGUGGUCGUGUUCUACAACGACAAGGCCUCGCUGGCCCACCUGCUGGACAUGAUGAAGGCCGCCCGGGACGGCGUGGAGGACCACAGCCCGCUCAUGUACCACAUCUCCCUGGUGGACCUGCUGGCCGCCUGCGCCGAGGGCAAGAACGUCUACACGGAGAUCAAGUGCACCUCCCUGCUGCCCCUGGAGGACGUGGUGUCUGUGGUGACCCACGAGGACUGCAUCACGGAGGUGGCUGCGUCCACGCGGGAGCUGACGGGGAGGGCGCGGGGGCAGGGCGGCUGCGUGUGCAGUAAGCGGGAGAAGCGCCUGGCCGAUCCCACCCUGGAGAAGUACGUGCUGAGCGUGGUGCUGGACACCAUCAGCGCCUUCUUCAGCUCCCCGUUCUCCGAGAACAGCACCUCCCUGCAGGCAGAGCCGCCCCCCCUGCAGGUGCAGCUGCUGAUCUCCGCCCAGGACGUGGAGAACUACAAGGUCAUUAAGGCGGAGCUGGACCGGCUGCGGACCAUGGUGGAGAAGUCGGAGCUGUGGGUGGACAAGAAGGGCAGCGGCAAAGGCGAGGAGGUGGAGGCGGGCACCGCCAAAGACAAGAAGGAGGUGUGCAGUAAGCGGGAGAAGCGCCUGGCCGAUCCCACCCUGGAGAAGUACGUGCUGAGCGUGGUGCUGGACACCAUCAGCGCCUUCUUCAGCUCCCCGUUCUCCGAGAACAGCACCUCCCUGCAGACACACCAGACGAUCGUGGUGCAGCUGCUGCAGUCCACCACGCGGCUGCUCGAGUGCCCGUGGCUGCAGCAGCAGCACAAGGGCUCGGUGGAGGCCUGCAUCCGGACCCUGGCCAUGGUGGCCAAGGGCCGGGGCAUCUCGCUGCCCAUGGACCUGGAUGCCCACAUCAGCUUGCUGCUCAGCAGUGGUGCCAGCUGUGUGGCUGCUGCCCAGAGGAACGCUUCCAACUACAAGGCGGCCACGCGGGCCUUCCCGCGAGUCACCCCCACGGCCAACCAGUGGGACUACAAGAACAUCAUCGAGAAACUGCAGGACAUCAUCACGGCCCUGGAGGAGCGCCUGAAGCCCCUGGUGCAGGCCGAGCUGUCCGUGCUGGUGGACGUCCUGCACUGGCCCGAGCUGCUCUUCCUGGAGGGCAGCGAGGCCUACCAGCGCUGCGAGAGCGGGGGCUUCCUGUCCAAGCUGAUCCAGCACACCAAGGACCUCAUGCAGUCGGAGGAGAAGCUGUGCGUCAAGGUGCUGCGGACUCUGCAGCAGAUGCUGCUCAAGAAGGCCAAGUACGGGGACCGGGGCAACCAGCUACGCAAGAUGCUGCUGCAAAACUACCUCCAGAACCGCAAGUCCAGCUCGCGGGGGGACCUUCCGGACCCCAUGGGCGUCGGCCUGGACCAGGACUGGUCAGCCAUCGCGGCCACCCAGUGCCGGCUGGACAAGGAGGGGGCCACCAAGCUGGUGUGUGACCUCAUCACCAGCACCAAGAACGAGAAGGUCUUCCAGGAGAGCAUCGGCCUGGCCAUCCGCCUGCUGGACGGCGGCAACACCGAGAUCCAGAAAUCCUUCUACAACCUGAUGACAAGCGACAAGAAGUCCGAGCGCUUCUUCAAGGUGCUGCACGACCGCAUGAAGCGGGCACAGCAGGAGACCAAGUCCACGGUGGCCGUCAACAUGAGCGACCUGGGCAGCCAGCCCCGCGAGGACCCGGAGCCAGCAGACCCCACCACCAAAGGCCGUGUGGCCUCCUUCUCCAUGCCCGCUGUGCCACACCCCCUCACCUGUGCUCUGCAGAACUUCCUGCGCUGUCAGAACAACAAGACCAACUACAACCUGGUGUGCGAGACGCUGCAGUUCCUGGACAUCAUGUGCGGCAGCACCACGGGCGGCCUGGGGCUGCUGGGGCUCUACAUCAACGAGGACAACGUGGGGCUCGUCAUCCAGACCCUGGAGACCCUCACCGAGUACUGCCAGGGCCCCUGCCACGAGAACCAGACCUGCAUCGUGACGCACGAGUCCAACGGCAUCGACAUCAUCACUGCGCUGAUUCUCAACGACAUCAGCCCCCUGUGCAAGUACCGGAUGGACCUGGUGCUGCAGCUCAAGGACAACGCCUCCAAGCUGCUCCUGGGGCUGAUGGAGAGCCGGCACGACAGUGAGAACGCCGAGCGCAUCCUAAUCAGCCUGCGGCCGCAGGAGCUGGUGGACGUCAUCAAGAAGGCCUACCUGCAGGAGGAGGAGCGUGAGAACUCAGAGGUGAGCCCGCGUGAAGUGGGCCACAACAUCUACAUCCUGGCGCUGCAGCUCUCCAGGCACAACAAACAGCUGCAGCACCUGCUGAAGCCCGUGAAGCGCAUCCAGGAGGAGGAGGCUGAGGGCAUCUCUUCCAUGCUGAGCCUCAACAACAAGCAGCUGUCGCAGAUGCUCAAGUCCUCAGCGCCUGCGCAGCAGGAGGAGGAGGACCCCCUGGCCUACUACGAGAACCACACGUCCCAGAUCGAGAUCGUGCGGCAGGACCGCAGCAUGGAGCAGAUCGUGUUCCCGGUGCCUGGCAUCUGCCAGUUCCUGACGGAGGAGACCAAGCACCGGCUCUUCACCACCACGGAGCAGGACGAGCAGGGCAGCAAAGUGAGCGACUUCUUCGACCAGUCCUCCUUCCUGCACAACGAGAUGGAGUGGCAGCGCAAGCUCCGCAGCAUGCCGCUCAUCUACUGGUUCUCCCGCCGCAUGACCCUGUGGGGCAGCAUCUCCUUUAACCUGGCCGUGUUUAUCAACAUCAUCAUCGCCUUCUUCUACCCCUACGUAGAGGGCGCGUCCACAGGAGUGCUGGACUCGCCGCUCAUCUCGCUGCUCUUCUGGAUCCUCAUCUGCUUCUCCAUCGCUGCCCUGUUCACCAAACGCUACAGCGUCCGCCCGCUCAUCGUGGCGCUCAUCCUGCGCUCCAUCUACUACCUGGGCAUCGGGCCCACGCUCAACAUCCUGGGUGCCCUCAACCUGACCAACAAGAUCGUGUUCGUGGUGAGCUUCGUGGGCAACCGCGGCACCUUCAUCCGGGGCUAUAAGGCCAUGGUCAUGGACAUGGAGUUCCUCUACCACGUGGGCUACAUCCUGACUAGCGUCCUGGGCCUCUUUGCCCACGAGCUCUUCUACAGCAUCCUGCUCUUCGACCUCAUUUACCGGGAGGAGACGCUGUUCAAUGUCAUCAAGAGCGUGACCCGCAACGGCCGCUCCAUCCUGCUGACCGCCCUGCUGGCCCUCAUCCUCGUCUACCUCUUCUCCAUCGUGGGCUUCCUCUUCCUCAAGGAUGACUUCAUCCUCGAGGUGGACCGGCUGCCCAGCAACCACUCCCGAGCCAGCCCCCUGGGGAUGCCGCCUGGAGCGGCCACGUUCAUGGGCACGUGCAGCGGCGACAGGAUAGACUGUGGCUCAGGGGUCUCGGUGCCCGAGGUCCUGGAAGAGGACGAGGAGCUGGACAGCGCGGAGCGGGCCUGUGACACCCUGCUCAUGUGCAUCGUCACCGUCAUGAACCACGGGCUGCGCAACGGCGGCGGCGUGGGCGACAUUCGGUGGGUCCACUCUGCCACCUUCCUUCUGCCGUGGCCGGGCCCCUCCAUCACAGCCCUGACCUGCCGGAGCCCUGCCUGCCCGGUGGACGGGGGCUGCGGGCCCACCUCCAUCCUUGCCCUGCAGGAGUCUCUCUUCCCGGCCCGAGUGGUCUACGACCUCCUGUUCUUCUUCAUCGUCAUCAUCAUUGUGCUGAACCUCAUCUUCGGGGUGAUCAUCGACACCUUUGCUGACCUGCGCAGCGAGAAGCAGAAGAAGGAGGAGAUCCUCAAGACCACGUGCUUCAUCUGCGGUCUGGAGAGGGACAAGUUUGAUAACAAGACGGUGUCGUUUGAGGAGCACAUCAAGUUCGAGCACAACAUGUGGAACUACCUGUACUUCAUCGUGCUGGUCCGCGUGAAAAACAAGACGGACUACACAGGGCCCGAGAGCUACGUGGCCCAGAUGAUCAAGAACAAGAACCUGGACUGGUUCCCCCGGAUGAGGGCCAUGUCCCUCGUGAGCAACGAAGGGGAGGGGGAGCAGAACGAGAUCCGGAUUCUUCAAGACAAGCUGAGCUCCACCAUGAAGCUGGUGUCCCACCUCACCGCCCAGCUCAACGAGCUCAAGGAACAGAUGACCGAGCAGCGGAAACGCAGGCAGCGCCUGGGCUUUGUGGACGUCCAGAACUGCAUGAGCCGCUGAGCCCGCGAGACCCGCCAAAGCCUGCGCCGGGCACUGGUACCGAGCUGUGGCUGGGAACACUGCCCUUCUCUCGGUCGGGUGGCCCAGCCAGCCCACCAGCUCGAGGCCAGGUGCCCACCCAGCCUCCAGCUCCUGCUCUG